AUGUUAUCCAUUGGCCAAGCGCUUACAAUUACCACCCUACUUGCAGGGGUGGUCUUUGGAGAUACAUGCUCCACUGUGCAGUCGAUCUCGUCGAUUGAAGUUUCCAGUCCACUUUCGUUGUCAUAUAUUACCGAGCAGGCCGAUUACUGGUCUUCUUCUUGCGCCGCGCUCACGCCCUCCUGUAUUAUCUUCCCGAAAUCUGCUGAUGAGGUCGCCACUGUCAUCAAGGUUCUGGCUGAUAACGGCGAGACGUUUGCCGUCAAGUCUGGGGGCCAUAACCCCAACAACUACUUCUCUAGUGUUGCGGGUGGCCCCCUGAUCUCUACACAGCGUAUGGACCAGGUGCUUUUGGAUCCUGUGACCGGCAUCGCACGUGUCGGGCCCGGUAUCCGCUUGGAUGAGAUUGCUGCUCAGCUCCAAGGCACAGGUUGGACUUUCGUAGGUGGUCGAAUCGGCAACACCGGCGUUGGCGGGUUGGUGCUUGGUGGCGGUCUGUCUUACAUGUCGGCACAGUAUGGGUGGGCUGCCUCGUCCGUCCUGGAGUAUGAGAUUGUUCUCGCAAACGGAACUGUGGCAACGGUGUCAGCAACUCAGAAUGCGGAUCUGUUCAAAGCUCUCAAAGGGGGUGGGAACAACUUCGGUGUUGUCACGACGUAUGUGUUGCAGACGUAUCGUCAAGGCAACAUCUACGGGGGGAAUCUUGUAUUUCUGCGCACGCCAAAGACAGACGCCGCGCUAUUGAAAGCAGUCAGAGACUUUGGGGAGUACAACCAAGAUCCCAAAGCUGCUGUCAUUGUCACUGCCGAGCGAUCGACGGCCAGUGCUAUUGACUCUUGGAUUCUCUUCAUUUUCUAUGAUGGCGUGAAUGUGCCAGAAGGAACAUUCAAAAACUUCACCGACGUUGGCCCAACCCUCAACACUUGCCGAGUCCAGACCUAUUCCGAGCUCAUUGGAGGGAGCAACUGGGUCAUCGUUAAAGCCUCAGUUGUUGAUAUCGGCACCGAAACCAUCCCUCUCCCCUCUGCUGAGAAUGGGGACUUUAUGGAUGAGUUACACUCUCAUUGGCGCAACGUCUCCGGUACUGUGCAGUUGGAACCCGGGAUUGUCGCAUCUAUUGCCUAUCAGCCAUUCCCUCGGCGUAUCGCUCAAGCUGCCAAAGAGCGAAGCCCUGAUCUGAUAGACUGUGAUGACGAUGUGGAUCGCAUGAUCAUUGAGAUGAACUACAGCUUCACUUUGCAAACCGAAUACGAGAAGAUGGCUGAUACUUUGGAGGCGACCUACACCGGCGUUCGUGAACGGGUAGUAGAAUGGCAGAGUGCUGGAAAGCUGCCUCAGGCGUACUUGCCAGUCUUCAUGAAUUAUGGCUUUUACCGUCAAGAUUAUUUCGGGAGACUGAAGCCAGAGAACGCCGAGUUUGCAAAAACUGUAGCUUCUCAGGUGGACCCCAAGGGCCUGUUUCGAGACAGAACCGGCGGUUUCCGGCCCUAA